AUGGCCAAACCCAGCACCCGCCUCUCGUCUGUCAGACUCGAUUCUUUUCUAAAAGCCUUGAAUGCAUCAGAAAGCACAGAAGUCUUACUUAGACUACAAUUCAAAGAACAAGAACAAUCAACCCUAUCCGAUAUUCUCACCAAAACAAUUACCAAAAUCGGCGCUGAAUCGACUGAUAUGACUAGUCGACAACAAUUGCAGCUCGCUUUGCGCGUAGUUCAAGUGUGCCAAGACCACGUCCAGUUUUCCACAGCUCUACUCUCCGAUUCAUCUAUCCGAUCGUUGUCAGAUGUCGCUAUCAAGCAUUAUUGCUCCGGGGGAGCUGGAGUCAUUGCCGCAAUCAAGGCUCCUGGGAUUAAAUCCUUUCGGUCAGCUCUGCUGGCCCAAGUGCCCACUGCCGUGCUCUACGCGGUUGUAUCGGGCAACCAGCUGAACUUGGCCCCAGAUCUACAGACGACCCUGAUGAAAGUACUUUCUCUGGCUAUUCAGGAGAACUUUGAUAUGAGCAAGGGAUCCUUGGGGAAUUUGGUAUCACAGCAAGCUUUUCAAGAGCUUAUCCCAAAUGUGAAAGAUCGACCUAUGGUUCGGCGGACGCUAGAAAGAUUGCAACGACUUCAAAACCUGGUCAUGGAUGCUAGAGACUUGAAGUAUCUCCUCAAUACCCCCUUUGCAUCAGCACAGGAGAUUGCGGCUGUGAAACUCGAACAAUUCAGUGAGAUGCUUCUCCAGCAUAAUACGCCCGAGGACUCCAUCAACGACAUCUACAGCAAUGCCUUGAAGAUCAGCAGAUCAGCAGAGCAACUGUUCACAGAUAUUAUCCGAGCUCGACAAGACGUCCCCAUCCUAGCUGUGAGUGGGAAAAUCGAACCAGAGAAAUCGAAGCCCACGGUGACUACGACUGCAGAAGAAUCCAUCGAUCUGAUAAAUCUGACUACUUUGUUUAAUGAUUUGGAUGGAGUCCAAACGGAUAGCAGUACGACGGUUCUGAGCCCGGCUGCGUAUCUCGUUGAUUUGCUUCAGCUGCUUAAACGUGCCUCCCUAGCACCGCAAAGCAAAUCCUUGCCCGAAGCUGAAUCGCCGAAAAAUGCGCUGGAUGUGCUCCUAUCACGCAGGCCGGACCUAUCUGAGAUUGAGCUAUCUAAGGAAAACACUGAAGUCCCUGUUCGCUACAUGGACCUAGCCAUCGAGGUGAUGGAAGCGUUUAUCAAGCGCCAAGCAAAUGAUAACCUAUCUCAUAUCGCUGAAACGGAAAAGCAAGAUAUACAGCUUGAAGAAAAGAAAAAUGCAGACCCUCACGCAUCUGACCUCACCCAAAAGAUUGUAUACCAGGACCAGGUCGGUAAGAAGGUAUAUCCAAUGGCUGUAUUUCCUUACAAUCAUGCCAUUGCGUGCAGUCGUGAGUAUCUGCGGGCUAGGGACCUCUCAAGACAUUUACUUCUCCAAACAUUUCGGAGCGAUCACGCUUUAUCGGGAAAAUCGUUCGGUAGCUCAAUGACACCGUGUGAUGUUUCCAUGGCCAAAAUCACCAACAAUAGGAGAAUUGCGGCGGAGUAUCUGGGACUGCAGCCGGGGGACUUUGUCGCCAUUACACAGGAAGCAUUCCAGACUAUGGAGUUCAUAGAACGAUUAAAGAUCCACCAUGUUGAACUUCUGGAAAAAUCGUACAACCGGUUGAUUGGCGCAGUCUCGACGGCCGAAUACUGGGGUUAUCAUAAGGAGGAUGCCGUGUCUGCAAAUUUUGAUAUGCUAGAUCCUAGUUCAUCCAAGCGGCUGAGCCAGGUGAAGCUACAGCUACUUCCACGAGCAGGAAUAUCCCACAGUGACCUCCUUCGUGUACUCAAUACACGGUUCUUGGGUAACCGCCUUGUGAUCAAUGUGCAACAAAAUGGUAAAUAUACCGAUUCGCUGGAUGGUAUGCGCAUUCAGGACUCCCUCACCAUCGACGGAGACCUUAAGGCCGCUCCCAAACUAUCCGAGUCCACAUUGCUAGAUCUACAAGCUUUCAUACGACUCUGGCACAAACUUGGCUGGUCAAUUGAGGAUACGGAUACCGCGAUUAUUGGACUAUCCCGGCACAAGCCGAGAGGCAAAGGCAGAGUUCUUUUUCCCACCCUAGAUGGGGAUUUCAUCGAGCGUUUGGCGGCCGCAAAGAAGGUCGCUGACCUUACCGGGUGUGCCAUUGCCGAAUUAAUUCCGUUCUGGGGUCCUAUGGAUUCACUUGGACCCCAUUCAAUUUAUAAGCGACUUUUCUGGAGCUCUGGGUGGGUUGACUUGUAUCCAUCACUUGCAUUCAGGCGUGAUGAUGACUCGGACACACAGCAGCAGCCGACUAUUCGGGACAACAUGGAGCCUUUACUACGCGCACUCCGUAUGGAGCAGCGCGAUGCAAAUCUUUACAUGGAGAUUGUUGGGAUCUCUUACGAUUCCAAGUGGACACUCGAUCAUUUUUCCCAGCUAUACAGACACCACAAGAUGUGUAGCAUUUUAGGCCUUACCUCAUCCAACUACCAAAAUUGGUACCAACUCUGCCUCCUGGAUGCUGAUCCUUUCUUGGAUCCUCAAAGCACUUUAUCUGUUAUUGAGCGAUGGUUCCGUCUACGUGAUGAUUCUAUCCCCAUUAAGACUGUCGUUGAUUUACUGCAUCCAUCUUUUGUUGCAGGAGAACGGCCAAAAGAGUCCAGUCUGACUUUUAUCAGAGACCUACUGAAAGGGCUCUCCAAUAUCCACAAAGAAUUCCAGAUAUACACAGAUCCUAAACUCGCAGAUGAUAAUCAGAUCUUCUCUCAAGAGGCUUUCUUGACCACCUGCGAAGCUAUGUUUAAUGCCGAAAUUGCCCAAACUCUAGUGAGCAUCAUAGAAGGUAUGCCAAUAAAUUGCAGGCUCUCAUACACUCGCCUCUGA